ACGUCAUUGAUAAAAUAUUAUUCUUUUGGUUUACUAUUAAUGACGAGGCUGUAUGUGCUAGAUACCUUUGCCUUCUCAAUAUAAAGGAAAAAUUAAAAUCUGGGUUUGGUAGUCUGUAGUGUUUUAGUGUAAUUCUCUUCACUGUGGUGUUGUUACAUAAGGUGAACGAGGUUAUUUCGUGAAAAUGGGUAAACACUUCGGAGAGCUUGCUAAGAUCCGAGGAUUGAUCACCUACAAACUAUCGCAUCACGAACAACGAGCAUACGCAGGAGCCAUUUCCAAUGGAAUCCCAAACUUGUUUCGCAGAUUUCGGGAAAGUGUAUUUAGAGUAGCACCAGCAUUUGUCAUUAGCUAUCUAGUCUUUGAAGGAGUUGAAAGAGAGCACCACAGACUCAGCCGCAAAAAUCCUGCUGAUUUUGAAAAUGAUCAAUAAACAAUAUAUUAUGUAAAUAAAUUUUGAUCUUAGUUCAUUAUUUAAUUAAAUGUUACUUUUCAUUUA